AUGCAUGCUAACAAUAUGAUGGAAAUUGAUGUAGCUUAUGCUGGUGAUAUAUGUGCAGUUUUAGGAUUGGAAUGUGCUAGUGGAGAAACUUUUUGUUCUGAUCCAAGUAUGAAUGUACAUUGUGAGUCAAUGUUUAUUCCUGACCCAGUUAUUUCAAUGUCAAUCAAACCUACAUCUAAAGUUAUCUCUGAUACUUUUCUAUCGGCUUUGAAACGUUUUUCCAAUGAGGAUCCAACAUUUCAUAUGGAAUAUCGAAAAGAUCAUCGCGAAACAAUUAUUAGUGGAAUGGGUGAAUUACAUUUGGAAAUUUACGCUCAAAGAAUGAAAAAUGAAUUUGAUUGCCCUGUGGAAUUGGGACAACCAGCCGUUUCUUACAAGGAAACAUUAAAGACUCCUUACAGGUUUAAUUUUCGUCAUAAAAAGCAAACGGGCGGACAUGGUCAAUUUGGAGAAAUUGAAGGUGUAAUUAAUCCGCAACCUCCAGAGAGAAAUACAAUUGUUGAAUUUACUGAUAAUUCUGUGGGUGAAGGAGUUCCAAAAAAAUUUAUGUCUUCACUUCGAAAGGGCCUAGAAGCGAUUACUAAGGAAGGUCCUUUAAUUAAAGCUCCAGUAACUGGGAUUGAAGUUAUACUUCAAGAUGGAAAAACACACAUUGUCGAUACUACUGAUAUUGCAAUGAUUGCUACAAUGAUGAAUAUGAUGAGAGAAGCAUAUGAGCGUGCCAAUUGGAUGUUAUUAGAACCUGUAGUUAAAGUUGAGUGUGUAGUUCCAAUGGAAUUUGAGAGUCAAGUAGUCAAAACAUUAAUUGAAAGAAAAGGGAUUGUUACUGCUACAGCUACUGGUGCUGAAUAUUCUACACUUGAAUGCGAAGCACCUCUCCGUGAAAUGUUUGGUUAUAGUACAAUAUUAAGGACACAAACUCAAGGAAAAGGUGAAUUCACAAUGGAAUUUAAAAGAUAUACACCUGUAGAGCCAUAUAUUCAAGAUGAAGUUGUUUAUGACUGGAAGGUUGCAAAUGGUAUAAUUAAUCCUGAAAAGGAAAAGAAAAAGCAAAGGAGAUGA